GGUGUUUCCCGGCAUGCAGCGGGGGUGAUGUGGAAGGGAAGAUGGCGGAGGGCGGAGCGGCUGGUGUCGAGACUCAGAGAGGAGAGGUGGCUGCGCUUCUCAAAACACCGCUACGGAAGGGGGACACUUGGUACCUAGUGGACAGUCGCUGGUUCAAACAGUGGAAGAAAUAUGUUGGAUAUGACAGUUGGGACAAAUACCAGAUGGGAGACCAGAAUGUCUACCCAGGCCCUGUGGACAACGCCGGCCUACUCCGAGACGGAGAUGUUCUGGCCAUCAAGGAGCACCUCAUCGACGAGCUGGACUACAUCCUCAUCCCUACGGAGGGCUGGAACAAACUGCUCAGCUGGUACGGCCUCAAGGACAACCAGGAGCCCAUCUCGCGCAAGGUGGUGGAACAGGGGAUGUUUGUGAAGCACAGUAAGGUGGAGGUGUACCUGACGGAGCUAAAGCUCUGUGAAGACGGCAACAUGGAGAAGGUGGUCACCAGGCCGUUCAGCAAAGCAGACCGCAUCGAGACGAUCGAGAAGGAGAUGAGGAAGCUCUUCAGCAUCUCCGAGGCCAAGGAGACACGGCUGUGGAACCGGUACAUGAGCAACACCUUCGAGCCCCUCAACAAACCGGAGAGCACCAUCCAGGACGCUGGCCUCUACCAAGGACAGAUUCUGGUUAUCGAGCAGAAGAACGAGGACGGAUCGUGGCCGCGUGGUUCCACCUCGUCUAAGUCAUCUGGCUCUUCAAAUCUAGCUGCUUUGCCAAAGAUCUCACCUUCAUCCCUCACAAACAAUCAUAGCAGCAGCUUCAACGGCAGGAAUGCGAAGAACUCCAGCUACAGCCUGUCGUCCUACCAGCCUUACACCAACAGCUACGACAACUCUGACCAGGGCCGACAGGGCACUCGGCCUGGUCUCUGUGGCCUCUCCAACCUGGGAAACACCUGCUUCAUGAACUCUGCUGUGCAGUGUUUAAGUAACAUCCCUCCGCUCACCCAGUACUUCCUGAAGAAUAAGUACACAGAGGAGCUGAACGAGGACAACCCCCUGGGGAUGAAGGGGGAGAUCGCCAGGGUCUACGCCGAGCUCAUCAAGCAGGGCUGGUCGGGCAAGUUCAGCUACGUCACGCCCCGGCCCUUCAAGACGCAGGUGGGCCGGUUCGCCCCCCAGUUCUCGGGGUACCAGCAGCAGGACUCCCACGAGCUGCUGGCCUUCCUCCUGGACGGUCUCCACGAGGACCUGAACCGCAUCCGGGAGAAGCCCUACAUCCCGCUGAAGGACGCCAACGGCCGGCCUGACCAGGUGGUGGCGGAGGAGGCCUGGGAGUCGCACGUCCGGAGGAACGACUCCAUCAUCGUGGACAUCUUCCACGGCCUCUUCAAGUCCACGCUGGUGUGCCCCGUCUGUGCCAAGGUCUCGGUGACCUUCGACCCCUUCUGCUACCUGACCCUUCCUCUGCCCAUGAAGAAGGAGCGAACCCUCGAGGUGUACCUGGUCCGGGUGGACCCCCUGCUGAAACCCACCCAGUACAAGCUGACGGUUCCCAAGGUGGGCUACAUCUCUGACCUGUGCACCUCCCUGGCCAGCCUCUCCGGUGUGGCUGCCGACAAGAUGAUUGUAACGGACAUCUACAACCACCGCUUCCAUCGUAUCUUCGCCACCAACGAGAACCUCAGCAGCAUCAUGGAGCGGGACGACAUCUAUGUGUUCGAGCUGGCGGUAAACCGGCAGGAGGACUCGGACCACGUGGUCUUCCCCGUCCACCUGAGGGAGAAGUUCAAGCAGUCGGGCUACAACCACGCCAGCAUGCCUCUGUUCGGCCAGCCCUUCCUCAUCACCGUGCCCAAGACCAUCAGCGAGGACAAGCUCUACAACCUGCUGCUGAUGCACCUCUGUCGGUUUUCACGCUCUCUGCCGGCAGACGAGGACGGCCAAGACACCCAGACCUCUAAGCACCACGUCGUCAACGGCAAUGCCUCUAUCGCAAGCACAUCCAAUGGAAACGCCACAGCCGCGAGCGCAUCCAAUGGGAACGCAUCAAUCGCAAGCGCAUCCAAUGGGAACGGCCCGAAUGGCGACGCCUCUAAUGGCCUCCAGGAGGAAGGUUCGCCCAGUGAGAUGGAGACGGACGAGCAGGACGAAGAGUCCAGUCAGGACCAGGAGCUGCCCUCUGAGAACGACAACAGCCAAUCGGAGGACUCGGUGGGCGGGGACAACGAGCUGGAGAACGGCGUGGUUGGUCCGGAGAGCUCCAUCAAGCCCCAGCAGACGCCCGGGCGACACAAGACCAGUCUGUUCAGCAUCCAGUUCAACAACAUGGGCAAGACUGACUUCGCCGUGCUGAAGGACGGCACCCGGCAGAUCUGCUUUGACGACGGACACAUCCGACUCAGCGACCGCUCCUAUCUGUCCCUGGACUGGGAGCCCGAUAUGAAGAAGAAGUACUUUGAUGACCGCGCAGCCGAGGACUUUGAGAAGCACGAGAGCAUGGACUACAAGCCCCAGAAGAAGGCCUUCUUCAAGCUGAAGGACUGCAUCGAGCUCUUCACCACCAAGGAGAAGCUGGGGGCUGAGGACCCCUGGUACUGUCCGACCUGUAAGCAGCACCAGCAGGCCACUAAGAAGCUGGACCUGUGGUCUCUGCCCCCGGUCCUGGUGGUCCACCUCAAGAGGUUCUCCUACAGCCGCUACAUGAGGGACAAGCUGGACUCCCUGGUCGACUUCCCCCUUAGUGAUCUGGACAUGUCCGAGUUCCUGAUCAACCCCAACGCCGGGCCAUGUCGCUACGACCUCAUCGCCGUCUCCAACCACUACGGAGGAAUGGGGGGUGGACACUACACCGCCUACGCCAAGAACAAGGAGGACAUGAAGUGGUACAACUUUGACGACAGCAGCGUGUCCCCGGCCAACCACGACCAGAUCGUGUCCAAGGCGGGCUACGUUUUGUUCUACCAGCGCCAGGACACGGUGAAAGGCACCGGCUUCUUCCCUCUGGACUGCGAGGAGGAGGAGGAGCAGGAGGAGGAGCAGCAGGAGGAGGAGAAGGAGGAAGAGGAGGAGGAGGAGGAGGAGAAGGAGGAGGAGGGAGGAGCACAUGACAGGAAGAGCGUCGCCUCAGCAACCGCCGCCGCCGCUCCGAGCGACGAGGAGGAGGAGGACCUGAAUGAGAACACGUGCAGGAAGAAGGACAGUGGCGAGGAGGCGGUGCCCAGUCGAGACGUUGCCAUGAGAACCAACUGAGGGCCGGGCGCUGGAGACAUUCUGCAGGGAGAGGGAUGGAGCCACGGGGAGCUCUCCAUCCAAAGCCAUACAGAAACCCAGCAGGACAGCCCCCCAUCUCCCCCCCCCGACUUACCCCCGACUCACCCGUCCCCCCGCUAACACGCUAACCCCGCUAAUGGGUAAAUCCAGGUAAAAUGCUAACGGGCUAACCAAGUUAAUGGGUUGACCCUGCUACUGGGCCCACCCAGGAGAUAGGCUUACCCAGCUAACGGGCUAGCUCCGCCAUGCUAACCCCCGGCGCCGCCAGUGGGUUAGGCCAGGUUGUCAGGCACCGACCCGCGACACGCAAACAGGCUAUUCUUUGCUUGUUUUACCCAGCUGAUGCUAACGGACUCAUCUGCCUUAUGCCAUUGGGUUAACCCAUCCAGCACCAAACUGGCUAAUGUGCUAAAGCAGGUAUCUGGUUUGUGCUGUUAUGCUAGCCAGCGUGGGGAGGACCACCUUGGCUGUCCUGUAGCGCUAAGCUAGCUGGGGCUAAAUUGGUCUAAAGCGCUAAACUGGCUGGGGAUAAAGUCCUGUAGCGCUAAUCUGGCUAGGGCUAAAGUCCUGAAGCGCUGAGCUAGGUAGAGCUAAAGUCCUGAAGCUCUAAGCUAGUAGGGGCGUCCUGAAGCUCUGAGCUAUAGCGGGCUUAAGUCCUGAAGCGCUAAACUAGCUUGGGCUAAAGCGCCUGUAGCGCUAAGCUAGCCGGGGCUAAAGCGUCUGUAGCGCUCAGCUAGCGGGGGCUUAAGUGGCUGCAGCGGGGAAGACCGGCCAAAAGGGGGCGCUGCUGUGGCUGUCCGACCGCGAGGGUGCGCAACGCAAUCAGGGUCUCCCGUGGAUGGACUCACUGUGUGCCAGUGUGUAUGUGUGCGUGUGUGUGCACUCUGUGAAAGCAUCAUUAGUUUAUCCAAUUUUUUUUUAAGAAUAUAAUUAUUUUCUAUCCUUUAAAAUACAGCAGGCCAGCGCGUUGCGUUCGAGAUCUCUCUCGCAGCCUUUUGUGGGUUUUAAACACUUGGGAUAUUUUUUGAGGAUCCCUCCGGACGCCAUAUCUCUCCUCCUCCUGUUCCUCCACACGUUGAGCUAUGUUUCCUCAUGUACAUAUUUUAACACUGGUUUUCAUGAUGUGCGUGAUGCGGAUGUUGAGUUUGGAUUGAACACUCACAACCUUCCACACCCCCCUCCCGCCCCAUUUUGUUUUUAAAUAUGAUUUUAUUAUUGCCCGACAAACUGCAAAUAUGUCGAACACAAAAUGUCUGACCAUUGCUUGCAAGCUGCCUGCUUCACAACCCUGCACCCCUCAACCUGGUGGACGUUGGAGAAACUAGAUUCAAACCGAUCAAUGCGGGGAUGGGUGACAGAUCAUGUCAAAUGACUUUCCAUGGCACCGAAUUGAGCGACCACGAAAGAAUAAGCAAUUGUAGAACACUUGUAGUGUUGUUUGUUCCUGCUGUUCAUUUCAAUCUUUGGUUUGAUUUGAAAACUAGCCAAACCUUGCUAGCCGUGUGCUGCUGCUAAUACACUAGCUUAUAUCACUUACGUUGCGUCGCCCGCGGACAAAUCACCACUGUAUCGGUCUCUGGUCCGGCUUACUCUUUCUGACUGGUUUUCUGAACCACUGCGCCAUUUGGGAGAGUUUUUGACGGCAGGAUUUUCAGCAAGCAGGUCGCAUACCUUGCUAGUUUACCACAAGUAGUGCCCAAAUAUGUAGUUUUUAGGCAUAGUAUUUUUUUAUGCAAAGUUAGCUGCCUACCUCAUCAGUUCUGCUUCUGAGUUCCGCUUUGAUGAACCGGUUUAAGUUUCUCAUGUUAUAUUCUGCAUCUCACUUUGCUUCCUCAUCUUUCUCGCUCUCCAUCUUUCUCUCGCUCUCUUGCGCUCUCGCUUGCUCUGAUCACCUCGGCCUUAACGCCUGAUCUCAGUCUCCAGCCACCUCGCUUCUUUCUGCACUACGGCAGUGGAUGCCACAUUUCGCUCGGUCAUCUCGCACCGUUAUUCAAACCACCUCCAUAAGUCGCUUCGUUUCUCAGCCACUAGGGGGCAGAAUGUAUGCCGAGUUCAGUGAGCGUUCAUCCCUCCCCCACUCCCUCCAUUAAACUGAAUGUGAUUAUUUCAUCUUUAACGUUAGCUGGACAUGAACACAGACUCUGCUGACUGCAAAUGCAGAAGGGGGGGGGAGGGAAUGCCCAAAAUGCCGCCCAGCUUUCACCCAGUCCUCAUACAAUAACAUGGUUGAUCAAUCGGACAUACAGUAACCUGAUCGGACAUACAGUAACCUGAUUGGACAAUACAGUAACCUGAUUGGACAAUGCAGUAACCUGAUUGGAGAUGACAUACAGUAACCUGAUUGGAGAUGACAUACAGUAACCUGAUUGGACAUACAACAAUAGCCCAGCAGAUGUAUAACCGUCACCUUUUCAUUGCUUCAGUCGAAUGCGCCGACCCCUCUUUUCUUUUUGGUCCAGUUCUGUCCGCAGGGAAUACUUUGUAGGAAUACUUUGACUCACUAGGUGAAGACCGCUUUCCCGCUCCGAUCUAGGACUGCGCGCUUUGACCCCCCCCCCAUUCCUCGCCGAGCGGCUUUUUGGGCAGAGGGGGCGUGGCACUACUGCUCCAGGCUUCUACGGUACUGUACAUACGAGUUCACUCUGUGAGUGCACAAUUUGAUAAAGUUUAUUUAUUUAUAUGUACGCAUUUAAUAAUAAACAUUAAGUAUUUAAGGGGCGGGAGCUUUAAGGGUGUGGUGGGCGUGCACCGGGGGGGGAGGGGGCGGGGUAUACCGGCCCCUCCCCUGUCUGGCCCCGAGCUUGGGUUUAAAAGGGGGAUAUUUUUUUAAAAGAUUGCUUAUGUCCUCUGCGGACCCGUUUUGAUGACACGGACCCGGACUUGCAUGACGUCAUGUGGGUGGGGGUGCAGGGGAGGGGGUCCAAGUUUUGCUGCACUUGAGUUCACGUGGGUUUACAUUUGAAACGUGCAUGUGUAUUUAUACACAGUCUUCAAUAAAGUUGUGUAAAAGCAGA